AUGGAGGAAAUAGUCACAACUUGUCAGAAAGGAGUAAGGAUAAUCAAACUGAACCGUCCCGGUAAGAAAAAUGCCAUGAGUCCAGCUAUGUACAAACAAAUAACGGAACUACUUAACGAAGACUCGACGAACGAUAGCAUUGUCAUAACAAUCAUUACUGGAAAUGGAGACUACUUUAGCAGUGGCAAUGAUAUGAAACUUGCUAUGGAAUUGUUGGAUAAAGAUCGCUUAGCAGUAGUUGAGGAUAUGGUGAAUGCCUUUAUUUCAUACCCAAAACCUGUUAUAGCUAUAGUGAAUGGUCCUGCAAUCGGUAUUGGAGCCACUGUGGUUGCAUGCUGUGAUGUUGUAUAUGCUUCAGAUACUGCUACCUUUAGCACCCCUUUUGUACAUCUAGGUUUGGUAGCUGAAAGCACUGCUAGCUUUUCCUACCCCUUCAUCAUGGGAAGGAGCAAAGCUUCUGAGAUGCUUUUGUUAGGAGAGAAACUAACAGCUCAGGAAGCUUAUCAUUUUGGUCUUGUUUCUAAGAUAAUACCCAAAGGGGAGUUAGAAAGUUUUAUACAGAGUUUGUAUAAGUAUGGAGAGCUACCUUUGCGGAUAGUCAAAGCUAAUAAAAAAAUUAUCAUGCAAAAUUUUAAAGAUAUCCUCUGUGAAUGUAAUAAAAGGGAAAUCAAGGGAUUGCAACAGUGUAUGCAGGCAGAUGACUUUGCUGAGAUAAUUAUGAGAGCUUUAACUAAAAAAAGUAAAUUAUAA